UUUUAGUUACAGUUUUCCUCCCCCGCCUUGCGGGAGGUGCCGAAUGUGCGGCGGUGAAACGGCAGGCAGGUAAACAGCGGCCCGUCGCGGCGGCGGGCUCGCCCAGGAGGCGUCAUGGCGGCGGGGGGCCUGGCGGGGCUCCUGCCCGCCCAGACCCAGCUGGAGUACGCCCUGCUCGACGCCGAUACUCCCCAGGAGAAGGAGAACUUGGUCUACCAGUACCUGAAGAAGAUGGACAGCCGGGAGCGGGACCUAACGGUGCCCGAGCUCGGCGGAGAUCUACAAUGGUUAAACACUGCAGGUCCUAUUUCUCUUCACAAAGAGCUUUGUGGAAAAGUUGUGGUGUUGGAUUUCUUUACUUACUGCUGCAUCAAUUGCUUGCACCUGCUGCCUGAUCUCCACGCAUUAGAGCACCAGUACUCUGAUAAAGACGGUCUUAUUAUUGUUGGUGUCCAUUCAGCGAAAUUCCCAAAUGAAAAAGUUCUGGAUAACAUUAAAAGUGCUGUUCUGAGGUAUAAUAUUGUGCACCCUGUAGUAAAUGAUGCAGAUGCAACACUGUGGCAUGAACUAGAAGUGUCCUGCUGGCCAACUCUGGUCAUUCUCGGGCCUCGUGGAAAUAUGCUGUUUUCGCUUGUUGGAGAGGGACACAGAGAGAAGUUGUUUCUAUUUACUUCUAUAACACUGAAAUUCUACAAGGAGAGAGGACAAAUCAAAGACAACAACAUUGGAAUAAAGCUAUACAGGGACACCCUCCCACCUUCUCCCCUGCUGUUUCCUGGCAAAGUGACUGUAGAUAAUUCAGGACAAAGGCUGGUAAUAGCAGACACUGGACAUCAUAGGAUCUUGGUUACUCAAAAAAAUGGACAAAUUCUACACACUAUUGGAGGUCCAAGCAGUGGAAGGAGAGAUGGCAGAUUUUCAGAGGCAGCUUUCAACUCCCCACAAGGGAUCGCUAUAAAAAAUAAUGUUAUUUAUGUAGCUGAUACAGAAAAUCACCUAAUUAGAAAGAUUGACCUGGAAUUAGAGAUGGUGACCACUGUAGCAGGCAUUGGGAUACAAGGUGUUGAUAAGGAAGGUGGAGCAAAAGGAGAAGAACAGCCUAUCAGCUCUCCGUGGGAUGUGGUCUUCGGAAAUUCAAUUUCAGGGACCCAGGAAGGUGAUGUUUUAUGGAUAGCAAUGGCAGGCACUCAUCAGGUGUGGGCACUGAUGUUGGAAGGUGGAAAACUACUAAAGGGAAGUGAUUUAAAGAAAGGAGCCUGCCUUCGAUUCGCUGGGAGCGGAAAUGAAGAGAACAGAAACAACGCAUACCCACAUAAGGCUGGCUUUGCGCAGCCUUCGGGUCUCUCUCUGGCUUCCGAGGAACCAUGGAACUGCCUUUUUGUAGCGGAUAGCGAGAGCAGCACUGUGCGAACCAUCUCUCUGAAAGACGGAGCAGUGAAGCACCUUGUAGGAGGAGAGAGAGAUCCAUUGAAUUUGUUUGCCUUUGGUGAUGUGGAUGGAGCGGGCAUAAAUGCAAAACUGCAGCAUCCCUUAGGAGUAACGUGGGACAAGAAAAGAAAACUGCUCUAUGUGGCAGAUUCCUAUAAUCAUAAGAUUAAGGUUGUAGAUCCCAAGAUGAAGAACUGUGCUACCCUGGCAGGCACAGGAGAAGCAAGUGAUGUUAUUGGUUCCAGCUUUACACAGUCAACUUUUAAUGAACCAGGAGGUUUGUGUGUUGAAGAAAAUGGCCACUUGAUGUAUGUUGCAGACACAAAUAAUCAUCAGAUUAAAGUUCUGGAUUUGGAAACAAAAAUUCUUUCCAUGUUGCCUAUCCUGAAUCCAGAAGUAUGUGAUGUUCCAGAUAACCUGCCUGUGCAAAAGGAUAAAAUAACAAACGUUCCAAAACUGCCUAAAUCUGCACCAGUUCUUCAACUUCCUUCACUAACUGUAGCUCCUGGCCAGACAAUUCAGUUUUUAUUAAAGUUGACUCUUCCUCCAGAUUCAAAACUGAAUGAAGAAGCACCCAAUUCCUGGUUUAUCACAGCAGAAGAUAAUACCUGGUUGCUUCAAGGACAGUGUCUGUCUGGAGAAAUAAAAGAUGUUUCCUGUCAGAUUAUCAUUCCCUUUCAGUUACCCAGGAGCUGUCUGUCAGCUGAAGCUAUCCUGGCUGUCAAAGCGUGCCUCUACUAUUGCAGCAAAGUGUUUCAGCUCCUUUGGGUAAGCCUCUCAAUUCUCACAUGCCAUUUUGAAGAAGGAGAAAGCUUUGCUACUUUGUUCACAGAUUGCAAAUGCUAUUGGAAGUAUGAAGGUAAAGAAACUGAUUUGGGCUUUUACCAUUUUUUACACUUUACAACUCUUUCAGAAUUUUUUGUUUGUGUUUACUUUGGAUAGUAGCGAGGAAAUCUUAGAUCGGCUUCCAGCUAGCUCACAAAUUUUCUGUUGCUUACUGAAAAAAACAAGCAUUAGAUUCAGAAGUUCAGAAUAACAAACCAAACUGUUACAGUUAUCUUGAACAUAUAAUUCAGCAGAUUGAUUUUUUUUUUCCUCUCAUUUUCAACUAGAAUGACAUUAUAUUUGUCUAUUUCAGUUGGAUGAGAUCAUCAAAUUCUGCCUGUAUUCCAGUAUUCAAAAAAAAAAAAAAAAGUCAACAGAUCUGUUUUCUUAUUGACACUUUUUAAUUUAUGUAUUGCUGUAGGGCAAAGUCUGUGUAUUCUUAACUUUAUUUAACUAUAGUGUGUAGUGUUUAAAUACAGUGUUGUAGAUAUGUUUUCUAUCUAAACGUACAUAUAUAAAUGUGUGUUUAAACGUCAUGCCCUUUUUGUUUUCAAGUUUCAAGACACACUCAGAACCACUAUAAGCUUAUGGGGAAAAGGCGAUAGAAGGUAGUAGGAAAACUGUUGUAUAAACAUCAAGCUGAAGUCCAGGAUCAAACUGUAAAGGACCUUUAAAUAUUUAGUUGUAGCCAAAUUUUAAACAAUUGUAUUUCAAGGAAAACAGUUUCAGCUUUACUAGUGGGGAACAGGAAUCUAUCUGUUUGAACCAGUUUUUUCUUUGUCUUUUUAAGUCCAUGUCUUGUGGCAGAUGACCGAAUCUUAUAUAAACUAGGGGAGUGGGGGGGUGGUAUACUAUAUCUGUGCUACUAUUGCUCUUUCUACAAAGCCUCAGAGCAUUCCUUGCUACUACACUGUAAUAGCUUUAUGCUAAAGGAGAGGCAGAAGGUGUGAUACCAUCUCAAAAAGACACACAACCCACUAUUUACAAAGAAAAGCUGUAUGUCCCAAAAUGCUUUCCCCUCACAUCCAGUAAGUCCUAAACCCUUUUAGGCAAUAACUCCUUUAGUUUUCAAGGGAGAGCUGCUUUUCCUGACUCAUCUUAGUGGGUUUCACACAAGGACACUGCUGUAAUUGUUCUCCUUCAUCAUCUUAGGAGCAGCUGAUUCUCAGUGUGCUCCAGUUCUUGCUGAUGAGGUUACUAGGUUUCUUCUGCUCCUUGCUCAGUCUGUGUGUUCACUGUGAUUGGCCUUUGAUCAUACAGCCUAACACUAUGUUUUGUUUGUCCAAGGAAUAGCAUACUCAUUCCCGGAGUCACUCCUUCUGUUUCCCUUGUGGUGUACAGACAUUUGAAUGUUCCAUAAUUAGAAAAACAUGGUUUUUUAAAGCUUAUGAUGUUUAGGGAUACUAUUUCCAUUGCUUCCUCCAGGGUUUACAAGAUGCUCUUACAGAAAAGCCACAAGUGCCAUAAAUGUAACCAGACAGGCAAACAGAAUAGCAUGUACAAGCUACAGAAAUUUAUUUCAGUUAAGUACCAGAAAGCGUCUUCAAAAUAUGAUUCAGAAAAAUAGUAAAUGUUACUACUCUGUCUAAACACUGAAGAAUCAGAUACAUUGAUGACUGCUAUCUCUUUGUAUGGUAAUUUAGUUUAUUAGUGUUUCCUGAUAUAAAAAUUCUAAGCAGGUUGCUAUGGCUCAGCACUCCCAGAUUUGUGUCUUACAGUAAAAGUAUGUAAUUCGAGGCCUUUUCAAAACAUAUCUUUCUACUGACUUUAAUAGGGUUUGCAUCAGACCUUAAUAAAGUAAUAAAUUACUAGAGCGAAUCUCUAAAGAAUAUUGGUCAUGGUUGUAUUGUAUAACGGAAACAAGUUCAGUGGCAUUUGCAGUUUUUAGUUGUGGUGUUUGCUUUUCUGAAACAGCUUUUGGUUUUGAAUGAAUAUAUUAAUAGUUUCGUGAGAUGUUUUCAGAAAAUUUAUUUAAUUACAGUACAAUAUUCUUCAUUAGACUAGGAAAAAGAUAAUGUGGUUUCCAAGAGGGAGCAUAAUGUGUUUUAAUAGCUUUUUCAUGUUGUUUGAAUUCAGUAGUAUCUUUCUGUAGUUUGUUCCCUCCUGUUGAAGGAAGGGUAGGGAUGCUGGCUGUGUAAACCUAUUGAUGAGCACAUAUUUUAUGCCUACAUUUUUAGUUGAUUCCUUUUUGUGUUAGAUGUUCACAUGUCAUUUUGGGCUUUUCUACUGGAUGCAAUUCUUCAUAGUUCAUGUUUUGCCUCUCAUGUCUUCCACUUGUAGAGCAUUAUGUUUGUAUAAUAAUGCUGUGGUAAUGUGAUACAAAGCAAGUACAGACCAGAUGAGUAAUACAUGAAAAAGUAGUUUUAUAGCAUCAUGUAAAUGCCUUAGCUGCUUAGCCUGAGAAAAGGUGCAUCUGGCUUCCAGUAAUGUUGUAUAUAUUCUUAAAGCACUUUUUUUAUUCCAAUGGGCAAAUCUUGUAGCUCAAACCAUGGGUAAAACUAUUUCUUGUGAGAAUGUCAAGAAAAACAUAUUCCUUAUCUCUUGCUCAGAGGAGGGUGAUGAUCAGAAUGAAGGGACUUUCCUUCUCAUGCAGGGGCAUGUCCUUCUGUUCCUUUAAUUAUUGACUAUUUAUUUUAGGAAAUGGAGUUGUAUUAUUGACCACAAAUUCUCUUGAAUUUUUUAUUCCUAACAAGGUUUUUUAUAUACAUGGAAGCUUUAAAUGUCUGACUUUGUAGAGUUAUGAGUGUUAUAUCUAGUUUAAAAUGGCUUAUAGUUUAGCAGACAAUAGCAGAGAUUUAUGUACAUUCUUAAGAUCUGUAUUUUUUUAAAAUCACUGUUACUCAUUAAGACUUACCUCAAAGACACAUUGCAUCUAAACCCCCACAGAAGUGUGUUCAUAAUCUUUGUAUUGCAACUCAAAAGUAAGUUUUCUUCCUUGUAUAAUGUGCGAGAGAUGCUGUGACACAUUGUGUAUAUGUCUCCUCCAGGCUGCAGUUGUGCUACCUGACGAGAAUUUACCAUGCACAGCAGCUUAUCAACCACCCCCCAGUAACUCUCCAAUCAAAUCUGCCAGCUCAGUUGUUCAUAUAAUCAAUUAAAAUUACUUAUUUAUGUUAGCAAAGAUUUAGUAUUUAGAAUUAAUCAUUAUAAUUUUCAUUUAAAUCAGUUUGUCAGGUAUUAGAGGAGCUUCUCUGUCCCAAGCAGGGAAAGUAUAAGAAUGGUGACAAUUAGUUGGAGACAGUUGUUGAAAAUGUGAGACCUGGUUAUUUCUUAAUUAAACUACCACAUCUGUCUUUGUAUUCUACAACAGAUCAUGAAUUUAGAAAUGAUAUUUCUAAUAUUUUACAUUCCAUUAUGUUCAUAUAAUCAAAUUUGACUACCAACUUCAAUCAGAAGCAGCUGUUCUAUAUUUUAUAGUUUUUGUACUAUCAUACGUAAAACCACUACUCUCGUUAAGGAUUAGGAUUCAUUCCUGUUCAGGAUUCAGCAUGCCUACGAUUGCGUCUCCAAGUUUAUCUUAGUUUCUUUGUCAUAAUAUUAUGGGGGAUUUUGGUUAGGAUUUUGGGUCUAUCUUUUCCUCCUGUAGUUUCCCCAAGAAUGAAAUGCAGCCAGUGUCUUGUUACCAUGGAGGGAUGCAAGGAGGGUAAUUCCCUCCACCAGCUUCUUGCCCCACCCCUGCUUUAGGGCUGGGGAUGUAAACAGCAAGUGCAAUAGGGCUGUCCCAUGUGAAGAUAAGUUACCUGGCAGCUCACUCCAAAAGGGUGCAAAUGAGGUGAGGGUUUCGGUGUGAGUUACCCCAUAACACUGAUUCUCAAAAUGGAUAGACAUAGUGCAUAUUGGCUUUCUGGGGUUACCUGCUUCCUAGAUCUACUUCUAUUUACGGUCUAUAAAAUCUUGCUCCAUAAAGAGGGGAAGAAUUUUGCCCUUAUUAUUCCUGCAAAAAUCUUCAAUCAAUUGAUUCAUUAUUACUCUUAAUAUAACCUGGUAAUAAUUACUGGAUUCUAGGACCUAUCUGGAUGCUCCCCCAUGAUUCUAGGUAGCAUUAGAAUUGUCCUCAGGUCAGCUUCAUCAAGCUUUACACUGAUGCAGCUACUGUCAAAAUUUUUACCUUUACCUCUGGCCCUGUCCAGUGAGGUCCUGAAGUUGUUUCUAGAUCUCCCAGAGCAUCCCAUCAAACUUGAGUAGCCUAUCCAGGGAUUUUGAUGGCUCUUGGUUUCAGGAAACUUUGAUACUAUAGAUUAGAUACUUUGGCUAUUAUGUAAUUUGCUGUCGUGUUGCAGAUUGUGCUUAAUUAUUAUCAGAGUGUAACAGAUUUUUGUUGCAGCUGAAAAGCUGGAAACCUUGGAUAUAACUUAAGGAGUGUUUGUGUAGCUGUAAUUACUUAUUGCUUAAUGUACCUCUUUGUUGGUCCAUUGCUUUCAAGCAUGCCAGAGAACUUUCUCCAAUUGCAGGCCCUAGGGCUAAGCAAAAGAAUUGCAAGUAUUUUUCAACUCUUGCCUAGUUCCUUUGAAACACCGACAAUUUUGAGCUAAAGAAAUCCCAUUUGUAAAAAAUCUGUUCAUAAGUCUACCUUAAUUUAAUGCUCUGUACUCAACAUGCCUCAGCAGAGCAAUAUUCCACACUGUAUUAUUUCCCCUUUUGACUAAGUAUCGAGAAACUCAACCCAUCUGGCAAUUGUCAGGCCUCAUAGAAAGCAAGACAAUGAUCCCAAAUUUGAUCACACAUUCAUGUUUUUAAAAAAUAAGAGCUUGUUUUUCAAGCUUUUGAUUAAACUGAAAUACCUGGGUUUGAAUCGUACAUUAAAGGAAUCUGUCCCAAGAGUCGCCUCCAUCAGAUUACUGGCUUCCAGAUUUUAAUAAUUUUGAAUUGAUAGUAAAGUGGAGGAACAGAAUUGCUAAAUGUUUUAUAUUUUGAAUAUUUAACUUCAAAACUACCCAAUUUUACUUUUAAAGGAGAAUUAAUGCAAUUAAAACUUUCUCUUCUAUAAAUCAUUACCAUUGAUGUAACAUUAAUCAUUGUAUCAUUAAAACCUGUGAUGGAUCUAUGUGACUUUUUAUAAAGAAAUUAAUAAAGAAAAAUAAGGUAGUUCUAAAACUGCGACUGGGUGAAAUCCAGGUGCUCCAAGAUUAGCGGCAAAUAUCGUUAGGGCGAGUAGUUUAGCCCAAUGUGACAGAAAUUCUUUGUCUUCAUUACAUCCUGAUGGCUGAAGGAAAAAAUCGGUGCCUUCCAUAAUAAUACUUGAAAGUGUAUCUUUACAGAAAUGCUGGAGUACUGAUUGAAAUACGGUAUUUGACCUUCAUGGUUUGCAAGUUUCAGGGGGGUUUAAUUCUACUAAUUCUACUAAUUCUGAAACUGUGAAGAGUUUUCAUUCUCCUUCAUGUUUUUUAAUUAAGUUGAUAUUAAGGUGCUUUUUGUUCAAGCUACUCUUCUUGCGAAGUACUUUAAAAUGUUUUUUUUCUCAAUCUUGUGACCUUACUUCUGAAACUAACCUCUUUUGUGCACUUCAGAACAAACUGAGCAAGGAGAUUUCAAACAGCUUGCUGAAAUUGUGAUAUGAGUGAGAUGGAAGGCAAAACAUUCAUUGAUCUAAAAGGGCAAGGGUGAUGCUUCUUGAUAUUUGAGGGGUGGAGGGUUGGUGUUUGGUUUGGGUUUUUUUUUCCCCUGUUCUACAGAUCAGCAAAGAUUCUUUAAAUGGCAGAAGGUUGUGUAGAGGCAGCUAGGAAGGGCCAGGUUCUUUCACUGUGAAACCAUAUAACUUCAUCUAGGUUCUGAUUCUGGGAUGUCUAAAAAUCCCAGCAGUAUAAUACUAGUGAAGAAAGUUGUGUCUGAGCACUUAACACCUUAAUAAAUGUCUCCAUAUGGUUUAAGGGGAAAGACAGGGAUUUUUUUUUCUUCCUUGAGAACUUCAGUGUUGCUUUGUGGACAUUGGAAUAUUUUUGUCUGCUCUUUGAGAUACUAAGCCUCUGGUUUUCCAUUACAUGUGAUGCAAAGCCUUUCAAAUAUCUGAACAUUUAAAAGAUGUGUUUUAUAUUUGUUGCUACAAAAUAUGCAAAGAAUUAAAACUGAAGGCACUUCAUCUACAGCUUAUGUAGAUUGUGUAAAUUCUUCACAUACAGCAUUGCCUAAUAGCAUUCUUAACAAUAUUCAUGGAUUAUGAUCCUUUUUAAAUAAAAGGUAAAUGUCCUGUAAUAUUAUGAGAACAAAUAAAUACACUGUAGAAGAAAUGUCAGCCUCGGAUAUCAAUUCAACAAAUAAACAGUGAUUAAAGAAUGUACUCUUUCUCCUGUGAAACCUCUUUCUCCUUGUAAAGCUUUUUCAUGGAAAAAUAAACAUUAAAAAUUUUAUCUUUUCUUUCAA